AUGGCCGCCUGCGCCCGAAUCCAAGAUGGCCGCCUGCGCCCGAAUCCAAGAUGGCUGCCUGCGCCUCACUUCCGCCCCCGGUUGCGCAGGCGCGGUGCGAUGCGGCGCGUGGCGCGGGCCGCGCUGAGGGCGCUGCCCCGGGAGGCGUCGCCAUGGCGGCCUCGCCGCCCCCUGCCCGGGUCCGGGGCUGCUCCGCCACCGCCCCGCCCGCUCUGCAGCGCCCCAGAGCCGCCCUGGGGCCCAGCCCGCCCGUUCUGCACCGCCCCGGGGCCGCCGCCCUCCAAGCACUAUCGCCUGGUGUUCACCUGCAAGGUGUGCCAGACGCGCUCGUCCAAAUCCAUCUCGAAGGCCGCCUACCACCGCGGGGUGGUGAUCGUGACCUGCCCCGGCUGCGGGAACCACCACGUCAUCGCCGACAACCUGGGCUGGUUCUCCGACCUGCAGGGAAAGAGGAACGUCGCUGCUUCGGCACAACUCGGUGCUGGAGUUUCUGGAGUCCGAGAGAGUCUCUGGUCAAGAGGAGGGAAAAUCCUGCACCUCCUGAAGUCAGGUCCCUGCUUCCCACCUCCAGCUUUUCCAGCUGGUCCAAAAGGGGAAGGAACGACAGUAAAUGUGGCUGGGGCUCCCCUGAGGCUCCAGGUGUUGGAGACAGGUGGGGCACAGCUACGGUGCCUUACCAGGAGCAGCUCAGCACUGGUUUGGGGAGAAACACGGAGGGUGAAGGGCCAUUAUCCCGAGCUGCUGUUGGACACAGAAGGAAGGACAAGCUGCGGGCAGAAAGCUCUGCUGGCUGUCGGAGCGGGUCCCUGUCACACGCAGGUUCUGCCUCAGGCACCCUCACCUGCCUGAGACCUCGGCUCAGUGGCACCAGAGCUGCCCACAUUUGCAGGGGGCUGAACACGAGCAGAGACCUUCCCCUUCCCAGGCACAAGCCCCUGCCUGGGGCUGCACAGCUCGCUGAGCUCCAGAGGUAACAAAUCCCACUAAAGCUCGGGGUGAGCGAGGCUUUGCUCCUG